GGUUUUGAUGUAAAUUGUUUGGGCCAAGGGUAAAAGAGGAAAAAACCCAACUCCCGUUAGUCACUGGAGGGUUCUUCCUUCAGUGAGCAACUGGGGCUUAAGAUGACAAAAUUGUUCAUACCGUACCGAAAUAAAGGUCAUCCAAACGAAAAAUCAGUCCAGUUAAUUUGUCAUUUAAAGAUUAAAUCCCAUCGCAGCUGUCCAAAUGCAACCUAAGCUAAGCUAAGCCCGUGGUUACUUUCAGGAUUUGCGUAUCGACGUAAGCACGACGCUGUGUGUGUGUGAGAGAGGACUGUUGCUCACUCAUUGCUCUACUACUGUUAUCAACUUUCUUACCAGCUCAUUACAGUUGUCGUUCCAAGCAUAAGUAAGAAAGAGAGUAUAAAAUCUUGAACAAUUUCCGAUUUGGUUGUCCGUUCAACGCUUUUGGCAACCAAAUUUGCGUCUUCAUUGACAGCUUUUACCUUAAAAUAUAAUGCUUUACACGAGCCAUCUUGCCCCUACACACUACUAACUCACUCACUUUACCCAUUAUUUUGUUCUCAUGGAGUUACCUAGAUUCUUCAGCUAUGCAUCAAUUAUUCUUUCAAUUUCAGCUUAUUUGUUUGCAAUCAUGGUUAAUUCAAUUGGGAUCAACUAUGGACAAAUAGCAGACAAUCUUCCUUCCCCAGAAGACGUAGUGCCACUAGUAAAAUCAAUUGGAGCAACCAAAGUUAAACUCUACGAUGCAGAUCCAAGAGUCCUUAGUGCAUUCGCGAACACCGACGUGGAAUUCAUCGUUGGUUUAGGCAACGAGUACUUGGAAAAGGUGCGAGAUCCGACCAAAGCCCAAGCUUGGGUCAAACAAAACGUUCAAGCCCACUUACCAGCCACAAAAAUCACCUGCAUCUUUGUCGGAAACGAGGUUCUCACUUUCAACGACACUUCUCUUUCCGACAACCUUCUCCCGGCAAUGCAAAGCAUUCACACCGCGCUGGUUAGCCUGGGACUCGACAAACAAGUGACUGUCACGACAGCCCAUUCCUUAGCCAUUCUCCAAACCUCGUAUCCGCCUUCAGCUGGAGCAUUCCGUGAAGAUCUGAUCGAUUGUUUGAGCGAAACUUUGAGUUUUCAUCAAAAAACUGGGUCUCCUUUUUUGAUUAAUGCGUAUCCGUACUUUGCUUAUAAGGGAAACCCCAAGCAAGUUUCGUUGGAUUUUGUUCUUUUUCAGCCAAACCAAGGCGUUAUCGAUCCAGCGACGAAUUUACACUAUGACAACAUGUUAUACGCUCAAAUCGACGCCGUUUAUUCUGCUUUAGCUUCGUUAGGUUACAAGAAACUCCCAGUUCACAUAUCGGAAACUGGGUGGCCUUCAAAGGGAGAUGAAGAUGAGGCCGGAGCUACGCCCAAUAAUGCUAAGAAAUACAAUGGGAAUUUGAUUAAAUUGAUGUCGAAAAAAACAGGGACUCCAAUGAGGCCGAAUUCGGAUCUUAAUAUCUAUGUUUUUGCUUUGUUUAAUGAAAAUAUGAAAGCAGGUCCCACUUCAGAGAGGAAUUACGGGUUGUUUAAGCCUGAUGGAACGCCGGCCUAUCCUCUUGGUAUUAGUAGUACUAACAACGUCGUCGGAAGUAAUACGACCGCCAGUGGAAGUAUCGGGAAUGCCGUGACGACGCCGUCUUCUCCAAUGAGUUCUUCCGCUGGUUAUUUGUCUAUUUCUUCUGCAACGCAGGAAAGAUAUCAAUUCGUUGGGCAUGUGCUACUGGCGUCGUUGUUAUUGAUUAAAACGUUGGUGUAGGACGAAUUCAAAGCUCUUUUCAUCAGAUAAGGGAAAAUUAAACAAAAAAGAAAAAGCAACGGAGAGGGAGAUAUAAAGAGAAUAAGAGCCAGCUUCGUUGUUAGGGAAAGGGUGCUCGGUUUGCUGAUUGAGAGAGUUUGGUAGAGAGAGGAACCACAUCUGAUACUAAGUUUAGAUGAUGAUUAUUAUAUUAAUUUGCUAGAUUAUUGUAUUGUCUUGUAUCCAUUUCUGGUUGUAGUGAACAGGAUGUACUACGUUUUAGAUUUUUUAUAUAUCCAUCAACCUGUUUUACGCCCCUCUUCAACAUUGGGACAUCAUUAGAAAAGAGAGCAGUAGAUGAACAACAAACAAGUAAAAUAAACGGUCCUAGUCAGUCGGGCCCUGACAGUAUUAUGUCAUAUGUCCAUUGAAAGUUAGGUCGAAAGUUGUUAUGAGAUAUAAUUUUGGUAGUUCAAAAGAUUCAUUAAGAAUAAGAUUCCAGGAAACUUGUUCCCAGACAGAAAAAGACGGUCAUUCCUUUUAUGUAAAAGGGGGGAAGAUCGAUUCCAACGUAACCUGCUAUCGUACUCAAUUCUAAUUAUCG